AUGCAUCCAGCAGAGUCACCGCCGUCGACCCUGUCGCCGCUGUCAGUUUCGGAUCGGCAGAGAGCCGGCCAGCAAAGCCAAGCCGCAGAUGCGAUCCGGGCACAAUCGCGCGCAAAGAAAGGAGUCACCCAUCGUCGAGCCACCCAGGCAUGUCUGCGCUGUCGCUCGCGCAAGGUCAGAUGUGACGUGACGCACAAGGCUGGCUAUUGCACCAACUGUUUGCUGGACGGUGCCGAAUGCCGAGUCAUCAAGUGCAGGCGUCGCGGCCACCGAACAAGUGAGCACUAUGCUCUGCAAGCUUCACGGAAUUCUGAACUCAAUGGAUCGGCGAAUGUCAGAUCGACGGCGAUUGCCGGAGAAGGGGCGUUUUUGAUCGAACGGCGUCCCGAGACACCUGAAGAAACAAGGCACUCAGCAAAUGAAUGGGAAGAUCGAGAUAGCACCCAAGCAGGUCCCGGUCUCGGUGGCCUGCAGCAAUCUAGACUGACUCGCGACGGUUCCAUGCCGAAGGCCCAAGAGCCACAAGGCUUUAUACUGUCCUUGUCGGAGCAGCCAGAGCUUCCAGCCACGAACGAUACUGCUGAGCAGGAUGAAAGCCCUGUCGAUAGAAACGACGGUAUGCUUUCAGCUCCAUCGACACCACCGCCCCUUCCGCAGAAUGACCAAGGGUCGCACACAGCCUUGCCGGACUUUAUAGAAGCAUUUCCUCUGCGCAGUCCCAGCGAUCUAGAAUUCUUGAGGCAGAGGUCGGUUUUUGUCUUGCCGCCGCCGCCGCUACAACGCGUGAUAAUGGACAGGUUCACCGAGUUUGUGCAUCCACUUCUUCCAGUCUUAGAUCUAGCGACGUUCCGAGGCGCAUUAUUCGGUGAAAAGCCAGGACAGAGGGUGUCUUUGCUUCUCUUCCAUGCAGUCAUGUUCGCUGGAGUGGGAGCCGUGGAAAGCGAGGUCGUCCUCCGGCAAGCUUAUAUGAGUAAAACCACGGCCAGACAAACGUUUUACGAAAAAGCCAAGACACUUUUCGAAUUGGAGACGGAGAAAGAUCGCAUCGUCAUCUGCCAGGCAUCGCUCUUUCUCAUCGGAUGGGCAAGCAGGAGCAACUUGAAGGACGCCACUUACUGGCUCGGCACGGCUAUCUCUCAGGCCCAUGUUCUGAAAUUGCACCGAUCAGAGCACGUCACCUCGAUGAAUCCGCCCAAGCAGCAGCGGAAGAGGAAUCUGCGCCGGAUAUUGUGGUGGAGUAUCCUCAUGAAAGAAUGCGACCUUUGCAUGUCGAUAGGUCAGCCACCGCGUGUAUGGCCGUUCGGCACGCCAAUGCUGACCAUGAGCGAUCUUGGCCUGGACGAGAGUGGAGUUCUCGGGAUCGAUAGCCUGGCUCCCGAAUCUCAACAAGCCUUUGAUCCACUUCCCCCAGUGCUCGCGACGGUGUGUAUCUUAAAGGCUAAGCUAUGCUGGCACAUCUAUCGCAUCAUGCGCAAUAUCCACGAGGACCUUUCUCCCGGGGAUGCUCAGCCGUACGCCAACCCAUUGCCUUUUCUGAGACAGUACAUGGUCCAGGAGCUUUACCGCUGGCGGUCGGAGAUCCCCAUCGAAUUGAACAGCAAAAGUCUGCUCCGAGACGGUCUGGGUGGUCUUCCGCGCAGUGUCGCGUGGGCCGUGUCUGUGGUUGAGAUGAUAUAUUGCGCCGCACACUUCCUCGUCCACCGGGACGGUAUGCUCUUGGACGAUAUGUCGGAGCACGUCAGCCCAGACUCUGUAACUGAUCGCUGUCCGCCCACCGACUAUAGCCGGUGUUUUCUGCGCCAGGCAGCCAACGAAACGACUGAGGUGCUGGAAGGGCUGGUCAACUGUGGACUGGCGAGGUUCUUGCCUCCCUCUUCGAUGAUCAACAUCUGCCUGGCUGCCUCGACCUUGUUUCGAGACGCCAACUCCGCCGACGCAAGCACGCGCAAGACCAGCCUCCAGAAGGUGGAUGUGUGUAUUAAAGUCUCGAAAUUGCUUGCUGACAUGGCUCCGAGCAUGAGGGAGGUUGUGACCAAGAUGCAGGAUGCCAGAAUAGGAUUCCAAGGCCGGCCAUCUCGUGCAGCGCCGCCUUUGAAUUCAGGCUACGCGCAAAUAUCGAACACGACCCUCACACACGCGAGCUUGGAGGACCGAAGUGAGAUCGACCACCAAUCGCUGUCUGGGAGCACCCUGGAAGUCAGCAACACUGGGGCUGAGGAUAGCAAUGCUUCACAUGGCUAUUCAGCUCCAGUUUCGUACGAAUGGAACUUGGAGGAAGACUUUGGUCUUGCGGGGCAUGCACUGUUGGACUUUGAUCUCAAUGGUUACACUUGGGCAUAG